GCUUCUGCAAUGUGACCUGCCUGAAGCUUGGGUGCUCCUUCAGUCUGGAUGUUGAUGGCAGGACAAAGGGACGCCUGGACCAUGGGCGAUGUGGUAGAGAAGAGUUUGGAAGGGCCUCUGGCACCUUCUACAGAUGAGCCCUCCCAGAAAAGGGGAGACCUGGUAGAAAUCUUAAAUGGGGAUAAGGUAAAAUUCGAUGACACGGGACUCUCUUUAAUUCUGCAGAAUGGCCUGGACACCCUCCGUGUGGAAAAUGCUCUGACCGAUGUCAUCUUGUGUGUGGACAUUCAGGAAUUCUCCUGCCACCGCGUGGUGCUCGCUGCGGCCAGCAACUAUUUCAGGGCCAUGUUCUGCAAUGAUUUAAAGGAAAAGUACGAGAAGAGGAUCAUUAUCAAAGGGGUCGAUGCUGAGACCAUGCACACUCUCCUGGACUACACAUAUACCAGCAAGGCUUUGAUCACCAAGCAGAAUGUGCAGCGGGUCCUGGAAGCUGCUAACCUCUUCCAGUUCCUGCGGAUGGUGGAUGCCUGUGCCAGCUUCCUAACAGAAGCCUUGAACCCUGAAAACUGUGUUGGAAUACUGAGGCUGGCGGAUACACACUCGUUGGACAGUCUGAAGAAGCAGGUUCAAAAUUACAUCAUUCAAAACUUUGUGCAGAUUCUGAACUCUGAGGAGUUUCUCGAACUUCCUGUGGACACUCUGUACCACAUCUUGAAGAGUGAUGACCUCUAUGUGACCGAGGAGGCUCAGGUGUUUGAGACUGUGAUGAGUUGGGUCCGGCACAAACAGUCAGAACGACUCUGCUUGCUCCCCUAUGUCCUUGAGAAUGUGCGCUUGCCACUUCUGGACCCAUGGUACUUUGUGGAGACGGUGGAGGCAGAUCCUCUUAUCAGACAGUGCCCAGAGGUCUUCCCGCUGCUUCAGGAAGCCAGGAUGUACCACCUUUCAGGCAAUGAGAUCAUUUCGGAGCGCACCAAGCCCAGGAUGCAUGAGUUUCAGUCUGAGGUAUUCAUGAUCAUUGGUGGCUGCACGAAGGAUGAACGGUUUGUGGCGGAGGUUACCUGCCUGGACCCCCUGCGGCGCAGCCGCCUGGAGGUGGCCAAGCUCCCCAUGACGGAGCAUGAGCUGGACAGUGAGAAUAAGAAGUGGGUGGAGUUUGCAUGCGUGACAUUAAAAAAUGAGGUCUACAUCUCAGGUGGCAAAGAAACACAACAUGAUGUUUGGAAAUAUAAUUCUUCAAUCAACAAAUGGAUUCAAAUUGAGUAUUUGAAUAUAGGCCGCUGGAGGCAUAAGAUGGUGGUGUUAGGUGGCAAGGUCUAUGUGAUUGGAGGUUUUGAUGGCUUGCAGAGGAUCAACAAUGUGGAGACUUACGACCCCUUCCAUAACUGCUGGUCAGAGGCUGCGCCCCUUCUUGUCCACGUCAGUUCCUUCGCAGCUACGAGCCAUAAGAAGAAGCUCUAUGUGAUUGGGGGAGGACCCAAUGGGAAAUUGGCCACAGACAAGACUCAGUGUUAUGACCCCUCAACUAAUAAAUGGAGUUUAAAGUCGUCCAUGCCAGUGGAGGCUAAAUGCAUCAAUGCAGUCAGUUUCCGGGACCGCAUCUAUGUUGUUGGAGGGGCCAUGAGAGCGCUGUACGCCUACAGCCCCCUGGAGGACAGCUGGUGCCUGGUGACCCAGCUCAGCCAUGAGAGGGCCAGCUGCGGCAUCGCGCCCUGCAACAACCGGCUCUACAUCACCGGGGGAAGGGACGAAAAGAACGAGGUCAUUGCCACCGUGUUGUGUUGGGACCCUGAGGCCCAGAAACUGACAGAAGAGUGUGUCCUGCCCCGGGGGGUGUCACACCAUGGCAGUGUCACCAUCAGGAAGUCUUACACCCACAUCCGGAGGAUCGUGCCAGGAGCCGUGUCAGUGUGACUGCGCAAGGGCACCAGGUGCCGGGAGAUCGCCCUCUGCACCUGUUGCCCGGGUUCAUGCCACUAAAGACAGCAGGCUGGCCUUGAGCUACGGGCCUUACACCUGGGCUCCCCAUGGGGGCUCCUUGGAAGUCACAGCUUUAGGACACUUGAGACCAGCCAGGAAUGUUUGUGUGACCUACCUCAGGAGGAAAGAAGAAGACUACUUAACAUUCAGGACACACCUGUCCCAUGCCAGGUUCUGUGCCAGGCACUUGUGUGUAUCAAUUCAUUUAACCAUCAUAACGACCUGGUGACUGGGUAUGAUCACUUCACUUUUACAGCUGAGGAAACUGAGUUUCUGAGAGGCUAAGGUCUUCGCCCCUGGUGACUCUUAUUAUAAGUAGCUAAGCCAGGAAUCUAAACCCAGCUCUUCCCGUUGCAAGGUCAGUGGUGUUCUGUCAUGUUGUCUAUCUCUGAGUAGGAAACAAAACAAACAAAAGCUGGUUCAUUUUUUCUUCUGACAAGUUUGCUAAAAGGAUUCACUCAGAAAGGCAAGGAAAUAAAGUUGUUGUUUUUUUUUCCCCCCUUUUCUUUUUUUCUUCUAUUAGAGCCUUCGGCUCCUUGUCAAGAGUGUCUUGUAUGUUGUUCUAUCUAACAGGACUGGGAGUUGGCUCUGGGAAGACCUAUAUGCUUAGAAAGAGAUAAAAGACUUUUCCCCCAUCAAAACUUUUAUUUCUUAGGAUCACAGAGGUACAUUCAGACCAGAACUGUCCUUGCUAGACAGAAUUGUACCUUCAGCACAGGCCAGUGCCCUCGCCUCUUCAUGCCCAACACCUAUAUUGCAGUAUAGAAAGGGUUUUCCAGAGACUCAGAUUACUAUUUUUUUUU